AUGAACUCAAAAAUUGUCCUCCUUGCUUUCUUUUUAGCUAUCGUUUCAGUAUGCUUGGCUCAACGGAAGGAAGAUAUCUUCGCUCGCGCCGUGGGACCAUGCAUUGCUGACAAAUGUCAAUCCAGACACACUUGCUAUUUUGGUCAAUGUGUUCCAGAUGGUAUCGCUCCAGCUAUGCCAGCCCUUGACAAAAGCGCUGCUAUCGGACCAUGCAUCAACUACUUGUGCCCAGGAAAUUCUUUCUGUCACCAAGGACAUUGCUACAACAACAACAUCUGA